GUGAACGCAUCAGGUUCCCUUUCGGUUUCAUUUCUUCGCUUUGAGCCUCUGAUCAGUUUCUGAUCUGACUGACGAAGCAGCUGUAACAUCACCAUCAUCAUUACCAUCUGAACUUUUGUCCUUUCAGAUCAAUGAGGAGGUUUUUAUUUCAGUAUGAGUGACGCUAGCAGCACUCUUCUCUCAAGACUGCAGCAGCUGCAGAGUCGCUUCACCUGGGACCUGAAGAAGGAAGAGAUCGACCUGGACAACCUCAGCACUCGACUGCAGGACCAUAUAGACCUUCAGCUGGGGCAGCGGGGUGCAACGGCUCGCUCCUACAGCUUCUUGGCAUAUGUCAGUUAUCUUCAGGGUCGACCAGAGGAGGCGGUGUCGCAUCUCGAACAAUCAGAGAAGAUGACCAGAGAGUGUUACGGUGAGGAGAGCACGCGGCGGCUCAUUGUGACGUAUGGAGACCUGGCCUGGCUGAAAUACCACACCGGAGACUACACACAGUCAGAAAGUUACUGCCAGAGGGUCCAAGACAUACUGUUGAUGUAUCCAACUAGUUCCUCCACAGUUCUCCACCCAGAGGUAUAUGGAGAAAAAGCUUGGACCUACCUUAAGUUUAGGAAAUCGUACUACCCCAAAGCCAUCGACUGUUUCCGUGAAGCACUAAAGCUGCAGCCUGAUGACAGCGAGUGGACUGCCGGUUAUGCUAUCGCCCUCUACCGCACAGAACCGAGGGCGUCAGAAACACCCAACCAGGACGAGGAGUCACCGGCCACUAAACAGCUUCGCCGAGCCCUGGAGAUCAACCCUGACGAUGGUGUUCUGCUGUCAAUGCUGGCUCUGAAGCUGGUCGACUACAAGAAACACCAAGAGGCGGAAGGCCUGGUAGAGAGAGCGCUAAAGCUCGGUCCCGACAACCCUCAUGUCAUGCGCUACAUAGCCAAAUACUUCCGCAUUCAGGGCGAGGACGAUCGCUCUAUUGAUCUGCUGAGGCGAGCACUGGAGAGGACCGACCAUUCGGCUUUCAUCCACCACCAGCUGGCUGUGUGCUUCAAGAAAAAGAAGAUUGCUGAACAGAGAAGAAAGCCAACCUUCGACAAGCAAAAGGUGAAGCAGUUGAGGCAUCUCUGUAUUCAGCACCUGGACAAAGCUGUGAAGAUAAAGACUUCAUUUGUCCUUGCGAUUGCGGAUCUGGCACUACUGUAUGGAGAGGAAAAGAAUCUGAGCAGGGCUGAGGAGUUGUUCCAACAGGGCUUGCAGAAUUUAUCGGGGACGGACAAAAGCAUUUCUCAGGUUUUUCAUCUGCGUUACGCUGAAUUUCAUCACUAUCACACCAAACAGGAGGCUGAUGCGAUCUCUCACUACACCGAGGGUCUAAUGUUAACACAGAACACAUGGGAGUGGAGACAAUGUGCAAAGAAGUUGAAGCAGAUCGCAGAGCGACGUCUCUCAGAGGACGAGAACGACGACGAGGCUUACGGCCUCUUGGGUCGGGUGGCCAGAGCUGAAGGCGACAAGAAGAAAGCUGUGGAGUAUUACGAGAAAGCUCUGGACUGCAACGACAACGAAGACGAGUACCUGUCUUCUCUCUUAGAGCUGCGCAUGGAGCUGCAGUGAUGAAAUACAGAGAGUCAGCGGUUCUUCUGCAGUUAUUCUGAGCUCAUCAAGCUGUCAAUGUUGUUAGGUUUCCAUUUUAUGCCUUUUUCAAAAUGUUCUCUCUUAAGAGCUGCAAACGAUACAUUAAACUAGUUAGUUUGACACUAAAGCUCUGCUGAUGUUUGGUUGCACCACAGACAUGUAAGGUUCAUCUUCACUACCGUGGCAGAAAGUCCAAACUAGCCAAAAUAAAAAAACCUGUGGCCAGUUAGUGAAAAGCCCUAUACUUACUGCAGUGUUCACUGCCGUGUUGUUGUGCCCAGUUAUCUUUGAACACUUAGCUACGCAAUAGCAAAGAGGCUAAUGGCUACAGUAUGGUGUAUUGUCACAGGUGUAGUUUGUAGCCGGUAUUAUUCUCUAUGUAAUCUGAUGCACACCUGUGUAGAAUCAGCUCAUUCAGUGCGCUGAUAAAAAAUAAAAUAAAGAAAAUGUGUAUGUGUGUAAUAAAUGAAAUGUGUGUAAAUAAAAUGCAU